UGUUUAGUAUUUCAGUGUUCAACGUAUGUGGUUUGAAUUGUUUGAAGUUUCGUAGUUUACUACUUGUGAUCGUUAGUCGUUAAGUUUUGUUGUUGGCAAAAAGUACAAGGUGUGUAGUGUUUAUAAGCAGUUAUGUUGUGUUAUUUUAUAUAUUUGUUUUAUAUCUAUGACGGUGUACAAACAAAUUAAUAAAACAAAAUAGAAAUUAGCAUUAAUUUGUUAAUGCGUCAUGGAGUCUUCAAUACUUAAUAGUAGUAUGAGUUCAUCUAAGUCUAUUGCAAUAAAUUAUGAAAUGGAUAGUUCCAAUGAAGAUAUUGAUCAACAAGUUUUACAAGAAACUGGAGAACAAACUAUUAGUGCUGAAUGGUCAGCUACAAUAUCUGCAUUAAAUUCAUCAGACACAAUUUCAAGUAAUUCUCAUAUUAAUAUUGAAACGUUAAAAGAGUGUUGUGCUAAUCCUUCAGAUACUCUUAAAGAUAAAGAAGAUUUUAUGGUUUUUGAAUCUUCUACUGUUGUAAAUACAUCAAAGUUCAAUGCCAAUGGCUCAAAAUAUUCAGAAUGUAAAACCACAGCAUUUCAAAAAAAAUACAAACCAAUUUCUCAAAAUGUUAGUCGUGUAUUUGAGAAUAUUUUAAAUGAUGAUAGUCAGAUGGAGAUAACUCAGAAUAGUAUUCGUUUAAACCGCUUUCAAAAACGUAAGAGAUUAAUACCUCCUAAUGAUGAAGAUUUUAUUGAAAUUAAUAAUUCCAAUUACAGUAACUUAGAUAAUGUGGAAAUUAGCAUAAUGAAGUCUCCAAAAUUUUGUUUUUCCAAAAAAAAAAAGGAUCAAUUUGAUACACCAGAUUAUAAUUUAUCUGCCACAGAGAAUGUUUCAAUGACUAAUGAUAUUAAUGUAUUUAAAAUAAAAGAAAAUACCUCAAAUUUGUCUUUUGUUGUAAAUGAUAGUUCCAAUAAUAUCAUAGAUGUUUCCAAACCAGAAGUCUUUACACAAAAAUUCAGCCGCAAAACAAUUGGUGUACCUGAUACUGCAUUUGAUAAUUUCAUUAAUGAUUCAAGCAUGACAUCUGAUAUAGCACUCAAUAAUAAAAAUACAUCUUUGAAUGAAAUCUCAGUAUCAAAUGUUAAUAAUACUCCUUUGUUAAGUAAACCAAAUGUGUUAAAUUUAAAUCAUACUUAUGAUGUACCUAUUAAUACUAAUUAUACUGCUGUCAAAAGUUUAAUUUCUGGUGAUCCUGAUAUAUCUACAGAAAGACAAAAUAUUGUUUUUAAAAAACCGUCAAAUUCAUCUAUUCUUGUAAACGAAAACUCUAACAAUAUGGAUGUAUCUAACACAGAAAUCUUUAAACACAAGUUCAACCAAAAAACAAUUGAUCUAACUAAUUCAGCAUUUGACAAUAUUAUUAAUGAUUCAAGCAUGGCAUCUGAUAUUACAAUGAAUAACAAAAAGACAUUCUUAAAUGAGAAUUCAAUGUUAAAUAAAAUGGACAUAAUAAAUUUAAAUCAUACUUAUGAUGUACUUAUUAAUACUGAUUCUACCUCAGUUGAAGGUUCAAUUGCUAAUGUUGAUGAUUUACCUCGAGUAAAACAAAAUACUGUUUUUAAAUCGCCAUCAAAUUCAUAUUUUGUGAAUGAUAAUUCAAAUGAUAUUAUGGAUGUAUCCAAAACAGAAGUCUUAAUACACAAGUUCAGCCGAAAAGCAAUUGAUGUAGCUGAUUCAGUAUUUGACAAUAUUAUUAAUGAAUCAAGUAUUAUAUCAGAUAAAACAUUUAAUAACAAAGUUACAUCAUCCAAUGAGACAUUAGUGUCCAAUGUUCAUGAUUCUCCAGGGUUUAGUAAAAUAGACAUAUCUAAUUUAAAUAAUACCUAUGAGAUACCUACAAAUAUCAAUACUUCUAAAAUUGAUGUUUCUUUUGCUAAUGAUAUUAACAAAGUUAAAGUAAAACAAAAUAUUGGUUUAAAAAAAUUUUCAAAAUCAUCUAUUGUUUAUAAUGAUAGUUCUAACAAUAUUAUGGAUGCAUCCAAAACAGAAGUCUUUACUCACAAGUUCAGCCGAAAAAUAGUUGAUGUCACUAAUUCUGUGUUUGACAAUAUUAUUAAUGAUUCAAGCAUAAUAUCUGAUAUUACAUUAAAUAACAAGAAGAUAUCAUCACCAAAUGUUAAUAACACUCCAGUUUUUAAUAGAAUAGACGUUUCUAGUUUAAAUCAUACCUAUAAUAUACCUAAAAUUAACAAUACUACUAUUUUGGACGAUAUUGUUGAAAAUGAUAAAAGUAUGUCUGAAACUCCUGUUUUACUUAAAUACAAUACUUCAAAAAGCCUUAAUCUAUUGCCACUAAAAUUUAAUUUUAGUAAUAAAAUUGGUCGUCAUAGUCUAAGUUAUCAAGAAAAACGUUCAAGCUUUGAUGGUGUAAAAAAACAUAACAUAUCAUUAAAUACUGUUUUUAUCGAUUGCGCUGGAGAUAAAGCCAAUAUUUUUCAUAAAUCGGUUGAUAAUAGUAAUGUAAACAUAGAUUCACAUUCACAUAUUUCUAAAAUUCAAGAAAACAACAACAGUUCUCAAGAAAUGCAACCAUUUGAUGAUUCGUUAUUAAUUAAUAAAUUGAAUCAAGAACAACCUAAAUUGAAGAGUUCAAAUUCAAAUAAUGAAGAUUUAUUAUUGUCAAAUACUACAAAAUCAUUAGAAAGUAAUGAAUUCAAGAAAAAUCAAUCAAAACAUUCAAUAAGUUCUAAUUCAAGCAAUGAAGGUUUAACUUUAUUAAAUUCUACCACUGGAUUAUUGGAAAGCUGCAGUUCAAUAAGAAAUCAAUCAAGGUUAUUGAAAUUUAAACAUUCAAAAAGUUCUAUUUCAAAUAAUAAUACCUUAAAUUCAACUAUGGAAUUGUCAGACAAUAAUGAAUCUCAGAGAACACAAUCAAAGCGUUCAAUUAGUCCUUCAUACAAUGAAAGUUUAAAAUCAACAAAUUCUACAACUGGAUUUUCAGGAAGACGUAGUUCGUCUAGAAAUAAAUCAUCAUUACUAAUAUCUAAACUUUCAACAAGCAUUAUUUCAAAUAAUGAUAAUACAACAUCAUUAAAUGCUGCUACAGGAAUAUCGGUAAGCGGUAGAUCAUCUAAAGAUAAAUCUCAACAUUCUAUAACUGCUGUUUCAAACAAUGAAAAUUUAACAUUGUUAAAUGCUACUAUAGGGUCAGUAGAAAAUAAUAAAUCUCAGAAAAUUCAAUCUAAACAUUUAAAAAGUCAUACUUUAAAUAUUGAAACUGUAUCAACUUUGAAGAGCACAAUUGGAUCAUUAAAACAAAAUGUGUUAUCAAUGAAUCAAUCAAAUGGAUUAACUUCAGAAUAUUCUUCAUCUAUUAUUGGUGGGAAAUCAUCUAUUAAUUCAUUAAUACAAGAAGAUGUAAUAGAUAAUGUUAAUAGAAUGUCUACUCGUUUGUCAAAACAAAAGAGCAAUUUUCAAAGUAAUAUAGAACCUGAAACUUCAAUUAUUAUUAAUGGAUUAAUGAAUAAAGAUGAUAUAACAACUAAGAAUUCUAUUACUGAACCUUUGGAACAAAAGGUAAUUUCAAUAAAUCAAUCAAAUUCUUCACCAAAUAUUUCUUUAAAAACGUCCACCAAUAGAUUAAUAUUAGAAGAUGAUAUAAAUUAUAUUAAUAAAAUACAUAGUUUAUCAUCAAAACAAAAUCAUUCUCGUGAUAAUCUUGAACAAGUAAUACCAAAUAUUACAAAUGGCUCAUUGGUAGAAAAUAGAUCAUCUAAAACUAGAAUAUUAAGAUCUUCUCUGCAUAAUAACAAAAAUAAAUCUUUAUUAACUAAACCAUUGGCAUCAGAAAAUGUAAAUAAUUUAUCUACGGAUUCUACUAAAACUUCAAAAUGUGUAAUUAAUCAUAAUAAUGAAAGUUUUAAUAAUAAUUCUGAUGAUUCAUUAUUUUGGACAACAUUACCUGAUGAAACCACAAGCAUAUCAAGUACUCGGAAUGUAAAUGUAAAUACAUUUCAAACUCCUAAAAGUAAUAAAUUAAUUGUUGCAGAAAACAUAAUCAAUACAAUUAAAACCAUGUCUACAAAUAAACAAAAAUCUACUCAUCCUGGUGCUUUUGAACUUGAUGAUCAUAAUGAUAGACCAUUAACAAGAUCAUUUGUAAAACGUUCAUAUAACCGCCGCAGUCCUUCAAUUUUAACUUUAGUUUUUGGGGGGCAAAAAAUUUCUGAAUCAACGUCAUCGCUCACACAUUCUCUCUCUGAAACUAUUAUUGAUCAAUCACAGGUUGAAGAAAAUGUAAAACAAAAAUUCAAAUCACUGUAUAAGAAAGAAUCAUGGAUUACAAAACGUCUUUACAAAUUCUUAAUUAUUAAACUGCAACCAAAUUAUAAUAUAUAUUCGGUGAAGUAUGCAGAAAAGUUUGUCAAAUAUCUAGCAAUGCUUUUAAAACAAAUUUAUGAUGAUAAAGUAAAUUUACAGUUAUAUUCAGAUAUGUUAAGAUACCAUAUGGCAAGAUAUGGAAUUAUCAAAGAUACAUUUGAUUACUUAGGGUUUUUGUCUGAUUACUUACCAAUGGCUUAUUAUAAAAAAUUAGUUCCUGGGUGGAACCUUGAAACUUCAGCAGUUAAAUUUAAUCCACAGAAAUAUUAUAUUCCUCUCAUGGAUGAUGAAGAAUUCUUAAAUUAUAUUAUGAAACACCUAAAAGAAGCCUAGUAAAACCCCGUGACCUAUUAAUAAACAAAAAUAAAUUAAGUUGGUGUUUUUUGUAUAUUAUAUUAUUAUUAUAUAUUGUAUGAAGUAGAAUAAAGAAGAUAUUUAUUUUAUAGUUAAUUAUUUAUUUAGUUUUCAGUUUAAUGCUCUAGAAAAAACUGUAGUUUGUAAUUUUU